AUGGAAAAUGACCUUGUUGACAUUCAACCGUUCGAGACUAACGAAGCAGUAAAUGAAGUGUUUAUGACAGCAAAUUUCUCGAAGAGGGAAGCCGCUCAACACGUGAACGUAAGCGUGCUCACGUUGCCACAGCUUUCGGAGAACAUCGAGCACUCCACAGAAGACCCAUUGCCGCUGAGAGGUACCGAUAGUUCAGUUCCUCUCCUAGAAAACGAGAUCACCGUGAGAUCGUCAGCCUCAGCCUUUGAAAUAGAUCAGGAGGGUACUGGAUGUAGUUCACGAGAACGAGAGCUUGGCGAGCAGGGUGAUUCUAAGCCAAACGUCGUCCAUGAUGACGAAGUGCUCGAGGUAUUCAGCGCUGGUCGCUCUCAGUCUUAUAUAGCAGCCGGCGACAGAGAUGAUGACGAGGAAGAUGCCGGCAGCCAAAUGGAACCUCCAGUUUUGGAUGGCCCUAUAAUAGAUCCGUCGACCUUUGAACCAAAGCCCAGUGUCGAUGCUCCACCAAAACUAAUGGCUGAUGGAGUUCUGUCGAAAGAAAACCCUAAACCAAUGCACUACGUGGUUGGAGAGAUUUACAGGGUUCAUACGCCGAAUGGCACAGAACAAGAAGUGCAGUUGGCUGUCAUGGAUGAUGGAUCAGAAGCUCUGGUGAAUGCCAAUGGAGAAGUAGUGGAUUUGGCACCGGAGGAUUCAUACGCAACGGUUGACAUUUGUGAUAUUGACUUCAAUUUCCUGGACGACAAGAAUAUAGUGUGCGGGUUAUGUGGGGAAGUCGUAUUGUACGCCACGCUUUUCACGACUCAUCUCACUCGAGUACAUCCAGAGGUUUGCAAAUAUGCUGGAUCCAGAAUUGUUGGUCGGCCAGCUGCCUUACGUAGAAUUUUUGAAGAGAAAGCUGGAUUCCGAAAGAAAAAGCAUACAAAAUGGAUUCAAGAAAAAGUUACUGGAAAAGAUGGGCCGCAGGGUAAGGACUUUAUAUUGCUUCUUGUAUUCUAUAUUUGCUAUCGUACUCUUGAUGCUGUCAUGCUCAUAGUUUUGGGCUUGCAGGUGAAGGUGUCUCUUGUCGACAAAGAGCACGUCAAGUGUGGCAUAUGUAGCUCUGUCAUCUCGAUCAACAAGAAGUUUGAAAUAGUUCACGUAGUUCGGCACUUUAAUGCUUGGCAUCCUACUAAUCAUCAAUGUGCCGGUCAGUGGCAAAAGCGAACACAAAGGCCUGGAUUUGGCAAGCCGCUUUCAAAACAGGACUUUGCUGUGAUUGACUUGUCCCACACCCAGCCAGACAACCUACAAUGUAUUUGGUGUGGAAUGUUUAUAGAUGCUACAACUAUAGCGGUUCACUUCACAGAUUGCCAUCCUGGAGAAGUUGAAGUCCCGAAGUGUUUGCUUUGCAUUCAGGAACUUGUAAUAAACGCACGUGUCAUAGAGAAAUUCGGUUCGGACUUUGACAUUGUACUUCCGGAUGAAUUUCACAUCAAAGUCGAGAAGUUGAAUAAAUUGUUCACGUCGGAAUCACAAAUGGACAGUGUAUGUGGCCAUUUCGAAACCAUUGCACAAGCCCCGCCAACAAAUUCUGAUUAUGUGAAAGUGAUCAGCAAUUCACAUUGGAAGUGCAAGAUUUGUGAUGCCGACCUCUACGGAGCUGUAAUCUCGGCAUGCGCUAUUCGACAUUUCAAGUUGAAACAUCCGCAGGAAUCUGAUAGUCUCCAAUUUGAAGUUGUAAGAGCUCGGUUGGAUCGAAUAAGUGAUGGAUGUAUGGAGUUUGUGCACCCACAGAUGCUUGAGUGUCUUAUCUGUCAUCUAACUUACCAAUUACAUAAGCCGUACAAUGUGUGCCGUGGCAUUCGUCAUUUAAGAUCGAGACAUCCGGAAAUAAUGCCCGAAUUCAACGGUGAACCGUUACGGCGUUACCGAAAGACAGGGACAGCUUUACGCCUGGAUGAUGACCCCAACAUUCCUAGACGGCGUAAAGAGGCGCAACUGUCUGUCAGAGAAAGUGCCGAUAUUCUGGCUCGCAUGAAAGCACAGUACCCUGGCAGCUUCGAUAAGGUUCGGACUGUUUAUGGUUCGUCUGGUGAGCCAAUGUUUGUGCUCAUGAAUGGCGAUGGUGAGCAGGACGAAUUAAUCAAAGAUGGUCUGAAACUACUAUCAGAGAGUGUCAGCUCGGAAUCGCACAACAAAGGGGUCGAACAGAACGAGAACUGUGAUGGCGAGAUCUCAACAGGCGACUUGAAGUCCGGUAAGGAGGUGGUUUUCGAGCUGAGCUAUGACUAUAACAAUUUGGAUGCCGACGGAAAACCGCAGAAACAUUUGGUCCGUGUUACUCCGAGUAACGAGCGGCUCGCAGGUUCCAAACUACAGUCCAAUGUACCCAAUGUUGACAAGGGGAGCGGCUACGUUGUGGAGGCAGAAGUUGAGGGAGAGGCGUCCAUCGAUCAAGCUGAAACCAGCGAAGUUUACUUCGACAACGCAGAUCGUGCUAAUAUCGACUCAACAGAUGAAUCAGGGGUUAUUUUGGGCGAUGUUCUCUUCAUCGAUCCCGAUGGUAAUGAGAUUAUUCAACGCAAUACAGCACUUCCUGAUGGCAGUAUCGAGACACAAUACUUGGGGCAGGCAGAAGACGGCUCUUUAUUCGUACUGAACGACAUCGUGUCGGCUGGGCUACAUCCUUCUGGAGAAAAUGUGGAUGAAGUAUAUGACGACGACGAGAUGAUGGGUGUCGCUGCGACGCAGGAGUUAAUUCUACAAGAGCAGUACGGGAAUCAGGGAAACGUCCCCGGGCACCGUUAUCGAAGAGUUGCUCAUAAUGCCUACUCACGCGAUCAUGGAGAGUUGGUGGAAGUGGCCGAGUUCAAUGAAGAGAAUGCUGCCAUGGUGCAGAGUCCAUAUGAUGAAGAAGUUGUAGCGAUGCAUGAGAAUUACGCUGAGGGAAUGGAUGGCGAAGAAGGGUUGGUUCAGUACAGCGGUGAAGUGGUGGUCGGUGAAGAGGAGCAAUUUGUUCAGGAAGGAAUCGUUUUGAACGAAGAGGAGUUUAGAGAAAACCUUGUGACGAAGCCCAUCGACACAGCCACUGCUAGCAGAGGAUUCGAUCGCGACACCUCAGAAAUUGAACACUCGUUAGUAGCCGAAUCACAGAAGCAAGCCAUCAGUCAAAAUGUUCAGGAAGAAUAA